AUGCAAACCCGCCAAUGGACCCUGACCAACAAACCAACCGCCCUCCCAACCCUCUCCGGGCCCAAACCCACCUUCACCCUAAACACCAUCACCCUCCCCACACUACAACCAGGCCAAGUCCUCACCAAACCGCUCUACCUCUCCAAUGACCCUGGCAUGCGCCCAUGGAUCUCCGCGGCCGCAGAUCCCGCACGGCAAUACCUCCCCCCAAUCCAUGAAGGCGAUGCAAUGCGUACCGCCGCCAUCGUGCGGGUUGUCGAGUCUACCUCCUCGAAACUCCCAGUAAAUAUUCUAGUCUUCGCAUUCACAGAAUGGCGCGAGUUGAGUAUCCACGAUGAAAGCGAGUGUCAGCCCCUCACUCCAAUCCCGGGUCUGGAUAUCGCACAUUUCCUGGGCGCAUUCGGCAUGCCUGCUAUCACGGCGUACUACGGGCUUAAGGAGAUUGUCAAGGUGCAGCCUGGGGAAACGGUUGUUGUUUCUGGGGCUGCGGGUGCGACGGGAAGUAUGGCGGUACAGAUUGCGAGGAAGUUGCUGGGUUGUCGGGUUAUUGGGAUUGCGGGGACGGAUGAGAAGUGCAAGUGGGUUAGGAGUCUCGGUGCAGAGGAGUGUGUUAAUUAUCGGUCUGAGUCGUUUGAGGAGGAUCUUUUCAAGGCGACGGAGGGUUAUGUCGAGGUUUACUUUGACAAUGUCGGCGGCACCAUUCUCGAUCUCAUGCUUACCCGGUUGAAGCGCUUUGGACGGAUUGCUUCUUGCGGCACUAUCUCAACCUACAAUUCCACCGAACAGACCUACAAGAACCUCUUCGAAAUCACCCAAAACCGCCUGAGCAUGCACGGUUUCUUCGCCUACGAUUACUUGCCUCAUAUCCCUGCGACGACGGAACUGCUCGUCCAGGCGUGGAAGGAUGGGAAGAUCGUUCUGGACGAUGAGAUGCAGACCAUUGUCGAUGCGGGCUUUGAGGAUGUUCCGGGUGUUUGGUUACGGUUGUUCGAGGGGAAUAAUACUGGGAAGUUGUGUACUAAGAUAGUUUAA